CUAAGCAACCAUUUCAAGCAUAAAUUUUGUAAUACAGUGAACAUACCCAAUAACCAAUCAGUUUCAAAUUGUUUCACCAGCUGAUACAAAUGAAACAGCUGAUUCGCUACUUUGGAAACAAUGUUUGUGUAACAAAUAUGGUCAAGUACCUUCAGUUUGAAGCUAAUGUAUUAUAUCUAUUUUUAAUGAAUUAAUUGGUAUUUAAAAAAAAAUUGGUGACUAAAAAUGUUUCGAUGCAUGCACAAAAUUUUAACACAAAAUAAUAAAUUAAACACGCAACAUUUCAUCCACCGGUCUUUUUCCAAUUUCAACGGUCGAAAUUCACACAAUACAGAGAGCGCCGCACGACAAAAGAAACUUCGUUCCACGUUAUACUAUGUGACGGCAGGCGGAGUUCUUGUAGCAGGUUUAAGUUACGCAGCUGUGCCUCUUUACAGAAUGUUUUGUCAGGCAUACAGCUAUGGUGGUAUAACAUCACAAGGACAUGAUGCAGACAAAGUAGAGCAUAUGCAAAAAAUAAACGACAGAAUUUUAAAAGUAAGAUUCAAUGCAGAUAUAGCCGCAUCAAUGCGUUGGAAUUUCAAACCUCAGCAAUACGAAAUCAAAGUUGCGCCCGGCGAAACAGCUUUAGUGUUUUAUAGCGCUAAAAAUCCUACAGACCAACCAGUAACUGGAAUAAGCACGUACAAUGUAAUACCAUUUGAGGCUGGUGCCUAUUUUAAUAAAAUACAGUGUUUCUGCUUUGAGGAGCAACAAUUAAAUCCACACGAAGAGGUUGACAUGCCAGUGUUUUUUUAUAUAGAUCCUGAAUUCACAAAGGAUCCCAAAAUGGAAUUUGUAGACACAAUAACUUUAUCAUACACAUUCUUUGAGGCAAAAGAAGGUUUAAAUUUGACAUUUCCAAGUUAUGCGAAGCCGCAUACUUUGUGAUGAUUUUGUUUUAAUAUUUAAUUUAAAACUUGGUUUUCUUUAAUUUAUUCAUAUUUUUGUACAAAUACAAAUGUUUAAAGAUUGUUAAAAUUAAACUUAAACUUUAAUUCAUGCUAAACUUGUUAUCGGUUGACGGUACAAAACACAAGUACAAAUAAAUCGCUUGCAAUGAUGUUAAACACAA